CCAUUCAUCUCACUCGCUUCUGUAAUUCAGCUUUCGCAAACUACCAACACAAACCGCAUGGACUAUCCCAGUCCAACUUCAAGUUCAAUCCUUUUUCAAUUUUGAUUGGACCGGGUGUCAGUCAAGAGAUUUGUGCUGAGAAUUGGUUGAAGUAGCUGCUCAAAUUUUCUUUCUUUUCAUUCAUGGAUAAGUUGUGCUGUUUUAAGGCUUCUUACUCUCAGCUUGUAGCAGCACGUUCUUCAUCCAGCACUGGUAAGGGGAAAAAUCAUGAAGGCUCAAUAAAGUAUGGUUUCAGCCUUGUGAAAGGGAAAGCUAAUCACCCAAUGGAGGACUAUCAUGUUGCCAAGUUUGCUCAGAUAAAAGACAAUGAAUUGGGUUUAUUUGCUAUCUAUGAUGGCCAUUUGGGUGACCGUGUGCCUGCCUACUUACAGAAACAUUUGUUUACCAACAUUCUGCGGGAGGAGGAAUUUUGGGAAGACCCCACUCUUUCCAUCUCAAAAGCUUACGAGAUCACAGAUCAGGAAAUUCUAUCAAACAGUUCUGACCUUGGGCGUGGUGGAUCAACAGCCGUAACUGCUAUAUUGAUCAAUGGGCGAAGGUUAUGGAUAGCUAAUGUUGGAGACUCACGAGCUGUUCUUUCUAGAAAAGGUCAAGCUUUACAAAUGACUAUAGACCACGAGCCAAACAUGGAACGAGGUAGCAUUGAGAAUAGAGGUGGCUUUGUCUCUAAUUUGCCAGGUGAUGUGCCUAGAGUAAAUGGACAACUUGCUGUUUCUCGAGCAUUUGGUGACAAGAGUCUCAAGUCACAUUUGCGAUCAGACCCUGAUGUGCAGAACACUGACAUAGAUGUUGAUACUGAGAUUCUAAUAAUUGCAAGUGAUGGACUUUGGAAGGUGAUGACUAAUCAAGACGCUGUGGAUAUUGCUAGAAGAUCGAAAGACCCACAGAAGGCAGCUAAGCAACUUACUGCUGAAGCAUUAAAAAGAGAUAGUAAAGAUGAUAUAUCUUGUGUUGUGGUUAAAUUCAGGUGAUGGUAUCUUUCAAACGGGUGCAGUUUAUAGCAAGCAAUAAAGGUACAUCUAUAUGAAAUGGUCCAGACCAAACAACAUAUAUAUUACAUGAUGUUUGGGUUAGUCCUUAACUUUUCUGAAUAGGUAAUUUUCCAAGCUCUAAAAUUGUUUUCUUUUAUCAGAUUUUGUGGUUUGAGAAUGUUUUUCAUUUGUUUCUGCAAAAGUGUGAUUGCUCAGAGUCUGCUGUAUAUUGUCUUUUGAUUCUUCAUAAAAGACCUAGCGGCUGUGUAAAAGACGAAUAUGCUUCUAGUUAUCGAUUGGGGUAUAGUGAGUGCUAGGAUGAUUGGUCCUAUUCACGCUUGUAUUCCACAUUCUUUGAUACACAUCAACCUUUUUCCUUU